GCUCCGCUCCGCCGGCGGGGCGGGCGGGGCGGCAGCCGAGGGAGGACCGAGCCGGCAGGGCGGGCGGGCGGACGGGGCACCGGCGGAGAGAGGUUACCGCAGGCGAGCUGCAGCCAGCCGGGCUGCGGAGCGCCGCCGCCCCCGGCUCCCGCCCCGGCGGCUGCGAGCAGGGAGAGGCAGGGACAGACAGGCAGCGGCCUCCGGCGUCCCCCCGCUGCGGCCGCGGCUCAGCCCGGGCUGGCGACUCGGUGCCUGGCUUCUCCGCCGCCGCAGCCGCGCCGCGCCGGGGCCCUGCAGAUGGCCAGUCCUGGGCUGGAGCUGGGAGAGGUUCAGCCUCCGGCCGAGCCCCCCCAGCCUGAGCUGGCCUUCACCGAGGCUCAGAAAUGGAUCGAGCAAGUGACGGGCAGAAGUUUUGGUGAGAAAGAUUUUCGUUCUGGGUUAGAAAACGGCAUUCUUCUGUGUGAGUUGCUGAAUGCGAUAAAGCCAGGAUUGGUAAAAAAGAUCAAUAGACUACCAACCCCCAUUGCAGGUUUGGAUAAUAUCAUAUUAUUCUUAAGAGGCUGCAAAGAACUGGGACUUAAAGAAUCUCAGCUUUUUGAUCCUGGUGAUCUGCAGGACACAUCAAACAGAGCAACCAUCAAGAACAUUGACUAUAGUAGGAAGCUGAAAAAUGUAUUAGUCACCAUUUAUUGGCUAGGGAAAGCAGCAAACAGCUGCACAUCGUAUAGUGGAUCAACCCUGAACCUGAAGGAGUUUGAAGGCUUCCUGGCACAAAUGAGAAAGGAAACAGAGGAUAUUGAGAGCCCCAAGCGCAGCAUUCGUGACAGCGGCUAUAUAGACUGCUGGGACUCUGAACGCAGUGAUUCCCUCUCCCCGCCUCGCCACGGCAGAGAUGAUUCCUUUGACAGUCUGGACUCCUUUGGCUCCCGCUCGCAGCAGACACCAUCUCCAGAUGUAGUGCUCAGAGGGAGUAGUGAUGGGAGAGGAAGUGACUCGGAAACUGACCUGCCACACAGAAAGAUGCCAGAUGUGAAAAAAGAUGAUAUGUUGGCGAGGCGGACCUCACAUGGUGAACCUAAAUCAGCUGUGCCUUUUAACCAGUACCUCCCAAACAAGAGCAAUCAGACUUUCUAUGUACCUGCUCCUCUGCGGAAGAAGAAAGCUGAGCGAGAGGAGUACCGAAAGAGCUGGAGCACAGCGACGUCACCGCUAGGAGACAGACCUUUCAGCAAACCCCACCCUGAAACCAUAGAAGAAGAACUGAAUGAAACAUCAGGAUUGUGUGAAAAGGAGAAAGUGGGCUCCAUGGCUCCUGAAGCAAGCUCCCUUAAAAAUCAAUUAGGUGUAAAUCAAAGUGAAGAAAACUCCAUAGAUCAGUCUCCUUCAUGUAGUGCAAAAGAAACGUCAGCGCCCAAGGAGAAAGAUGUGGAAGAGAUCAGAAAGUUAAGAAGACUGGAACAAGCUGGUAUUAAGGUCAUGUCAGCAGCCCAGCGCUAUGGCAGUAAAAAGCCAAUAUGCGAAGACAGCGGAAGCACCCCAGACAUCAUCCUUCGCAAGGACAACCCCUUCAUGACACAUUACCAAGGAAAGGAUUCUGGUUCAGAAGAUGAAGCAGCCAGCAGAGUUCCAGAUUUAGAAAAGGAUGACUUUGCCACCCGGAGAGCCAGAAUGAAUCAACCCAAGCACAUAGUUCCAUUUAACUCCUUUUUAGUCGGACCCUAUACAAGUAAAGAGAAAGGUAAACCGGAAGAUGUUAAAAAGCCAUUGCAGAUGGAAAAAAAGGAACAUGCAAGAAGAAGACGGGUGCACAUGACAUCAGUAAGGCAAACAGUUACAAGCAAAGAGAGCCCACUUCUGCAAAAUGAGAAGACUGAGUCAGAGGAGGAACAGCAGGUGAAAGAGCUUGAUAAUGAGAGAGAUGAUUUGGCAAAACAGAAAUCUCAAAGCAUCCUUCCUCAGCUACAAGAAGAUGUGCUUUUUGUCAAUGCCUCUAUAACAAAAGCAGAUCUGGAGACCUGGAAAAGAUUGAAACUGUCAGGAGAGCCCAGUGAAGAAGAUUUCAGAUGUUCCAGCAACACUGUGCCACCGUCUGAUACCACGGUGAAAGCGGUAGCCCAUGAUGAUUUUGCUAUCCGCAAAACCAGAGCAAACAGAAAGGCUGGUAGCCCCAAGCAGAAGUUUGUGCAUUUUGGGCCAGUAACUGAGAUUGAUCAACAGAAAUGGGACAAGCUCGUUAUUGGCAGAGCUUCAUCCAAGAGUGGAACAGAAGAGGAAAGCAAGCAAGAUGGUGUGGAAAGUCUCUCUGGUGUUGAAAGUUCUCCUCCAACCACUGUCAGUCUUGGGUUUGCUGAAUACAGCAGUGAAGUAUCUGAGCCAGAAAAUGAGUCCAGUGAGGGAGGAGUCAAGUCAGGUACAGAUGACUCUUGCAAGAGAAUUCCAUCACCUGUACCAGCUUCUGGUGUCAUCUCUGAGGAACAAACCCCACGGAGUUUGAGCAAACAGCAAGAAAGUGCCAAGGAAGAAUGUGACAGGAAUUUACCAGAUAUAGAGAGAGAUGAUAUGUUGGUUAGAAGGAUGGGAACUUUUCCAAGGCGUACCACAAGCUCCAUUCCCGUAAAUUGUCCUCCCUUGUCAGUAGCUCCUUAUCUGCUGCAGCAGCAGCAUCAGCAGCAAGAGGAGGCUGUAGCUCGUGAAAAGGAUAUGAAGACUCUGCAGGAAGGAGAAAGUACUGUCACACAAGACGAGAGCCAAGAACAGCUUGAAAUCCCUCAGCUGCAGAGUGAUGGAACAGAAAACAAAAUGAAAUUUCCAGACCCUCAAAGAGAUGACAUGUUAGCCAGAAGAACUGGAGCUUUUCUUAAACAGCCUGGGCCCAAUGUUAAGCAGUUCCUUCCCAUGCCCUUUUCAAAGCAGCAGAAUAAGCAGGGCACAACCACAGAACUUUUGAAGAAAACCACGAGGCCUCAAAAAUGUCCACAAGUCUACACUAAUAGCUCUGGAAAACCUUCAAUAGAACCACUGCAAGAACAGCAGCAAGGGCAGGAGGACAGUCUCCCACCUACAGGACAAGAUGAGAUUAUUAGUACUGCCCAAGUGGCUGAAGAUGGCAACAAUGAAGUCCACCUUUUUCAAGCAUCUAAGCUUCAGGAAGUCCCUGAGGAAAACAAAAUGGAAGCACUUUCAUCCAAGGAUGAGCAUCUGCAAACAUUCGGCCCCAGAACUGCUGUGUCUGAUGACGCAGAGAGUAUGAGUAUGUUUGACAUGAGAUGUGAAGAAGACGCUGUGGCUCAACCUCACAGCAAAGCUCGCCAUGAGAAGCUGCAGAAUAUACACAACCAGCUGAAAGAGGACGAGACCAGGUGGCAAGAUGACCUGGCUCGGUGGAAGAGUCGUCGAAGGAGUGCUUCACAGGAUUUGAUUAAAAAGGAAGCUGAGAGAAAGAAAAUGGAAAGGUUAUUGGCUGGAGAUGGAACAAAUGAGCGCAGGAAAAGCAUCAAAACCUACCGAGAAAUCGUGGAGGAGAAAGAGAGAAGGGAGCGGGAGCUUCAUGAGGCAUACAAGAAUGCAAAGACACAGGAGGAGGCUGAGAGCAUCCUCCAGCAGUACACUGAAAGAUUCACUAUCAGUGAAGCUGUCCUUGAGCGUUUGCAGAUGCCAAAAAUUCUAGAAAGAAGCCAUUCAGUGGAACCAAAUUCCCCACUGAAAGACCCAAAUCCUCUGAGAUAUUUAAGGCAACAGUCACUUCCUGCUCCAAAAUUCACUGCCACAAUUGAAGCAACCAUUGUUCCCACCACUGAACUAGAGCCCAGCAGUUCAACAGGACGCACAUCUCCCAGCAAAAGUAUCUCCAAGGCUGUGCCUAUGCUGACACCCAAGCCUUAUUCACAACCCAAAAAUACACAGGAAGUUCUAAAGAACUUUAAGGUAGAUGGAAAAGUCAGCAUGAAUGGAGAAAAUGUCAAUGGCACGGAAGAAAAGGAUAAAGAAUGUACAACAGUAAUAUUUACUCCUUCACCAACCAGAUCUCUGAAAUUUGAUGGAGUAGCCAGAGGGGACAAGUCCCCGGCAGAGUUGAAGAAGGAACCCCCAAGUGUUGAGCUCAGUUUACAGAGGCCUGCCACUCAGAGUGUGCACAAAGAGCCAACAGCCUCCCCAGUGGAACUGGAUGGAGCUGACAGCCUGCAAGCCGAGCCCAGCCCCAGCAGUGUGACACCUGCCCCCCCGGAGUGCCCAUCCCCAGAUCAAAAGCAAUUCAAGUCAACUGCAGCUUGUUCCAGCCCUGUUGUGAAGAGAUUAGAAUUUCUUCCCAGUCCUGUCCCUUCAGAGGAAAAUGCUUCAAGCAAGAAAGAUGUGAAGAAAGCUGAAACAGAGCAGCAGAAGGAAACAGAGCUCCCUUCUACACAGGAGGCGAUUAAAGUAAAAGCCCUGGAAGAAAAGGGGAGUGUAGUGCUGCCAUUUUUAAAGAAACUACCUGAAACCAGCCAAGUUACUCUGCAUAACUCUAGUCUACAAGCUGAUUCUGAUACUGGUGAUAAAUCAAAUCGGUUCAAUUUUUGGUCCUGGGAUCCAGAAGAAGAGCGAAAGCGCCAGGAAAGGUGGCAGCAUGAGCAAGAACGCUUGCUUCAGGAGAAGUAUCAGAAGGAGCAGUACAAGCUGAAAGAGGAAUGGGAAAAGGCCCAGAGAGAAGUUGAAGAGGAGGAGCGUAGAUACUAUGAGGAGGAACGAAAGAUAAUUGAGGAUACUGUAGUUCCAUUCAUUGUUUCUUCAAACUCUGCUGAGCUCCUCUCCUCUUCUUCCUCCACCACUGAAGGAAACAAGACAGUGAGCUCAAUUGAUUCAAACAGCUGUCCAGGGGAAGGCAAGCAAAAAGAAAUUACAAAGCAGAAAAAGCUGCUCUGGGAGCAGGACAGUAUGUCAUCUCUGAAAAGCAAGGAAAGUGAACUCUGGCAAGAAAAGAGGAGUGGAAAUAAAGUGCUCUCAGGAUACCCAGCGACUGGUAUCCUGAAAGGAGGAAGUGAGCAGGAGCACCACAUGCCGGUGAUGGAGCGCGGCUCACCUGCCAGACUGAACCUGCCGCUGGCUCAGGAUGACAAUGUCUCCUGGAAUCAGCAGUUGCUGACAAAGCGAUCUCCACAGUGCGCAGAGGACGUUCGACAGAGGCCGUUCCUGGGCCAGACUGUGGGACAGCAACCAAGCUCUGCAGGGGAAGCAAGGAGGGCAGGCUAUCAUGAGAAUUUCCGAUCUGGGCCAUCAUCUCCCUGCUCUCCUGCUGCUCUCAGUCAGUCACCCAACAGGUCUGUCAGCGGGAAGAAGCUUUGUUCUACCUGUGGUCUCCCUCUUGGAAAAGGAGCUGCCAUGAUUAUUGAAACACUCGGUCUUUAUUUCCAUAUUCAGUGCUUCAGGUGUGGCGUUUGCAAGGGCCAGCUGGGAGAUGCAGCGAGUGGCACGGAUGUCAGGAUUAGAAAUGGUCUUCUUAACUGCAACGAUUGUUAUAUCCGAUCCCGAACUGCUGGACAGCCAACUACAUUGUGACAUGACUUUCAGUCCUAAUAAAUUUCAAGAAGGAACUCUCUUCCCAUAUGUAUCGGCUGCCUCCAGACAAUCACUUGUAAAAGCUUGAAUCCAUGGACAUGAUGGCUCUCAUCUCGUUUUUAAAAACUCACAAAAAAGCUGCACCUGCUCCUUUGAAAUGCAAUAUGUUGGUUUUUGCUUCCUUAAGAAAUUUGAAAAAUAUGUAUGACCAUGUUUGGGAAGGCAAAGCCUAAGUACUAUUUAAAAAAAAAAAACAAAACACCUUUCAGGUAUGCUUAUGAUACCCAAUCUGUUAUCUUGUUCUUUUGAAAGUAAUAAGAGAAUAAACAUGCAAUAAAGCUGUUUUGUUUUAAUAUUUCUAGCAAUUAAAAAGUUUAAGUUUACAGAACCUUUAUAGCAUAUGCCAACUUGAGCUGAGAAGUAAUUUUGAGAUAGUAUCUAAUCAGUGCAUUUGAAAAACUAAACAUCACAGCACGACUUCUCUGUUAUAACUGAAGCUAUAACUUUUUUUAUACAGAGACUAGUUUGAUAAUACAUCCUGUACUUCUGAAGCAUUUUCUGUUUAUAUUACCUUCAAUGGAGGGUAGAAGUUAAACAAAUAAAUUAUUGCACCUUUAGUCAUAGGAUUUUUUGUUUGUGUACCUCAAGUAAUGUUCAUGACUAUAGCUUAAUAUUCUCUGAAAUAAAGAUUUCUUCAUUAAACCUAAAGACUGCAUACCAUUAACAAUGGGAAAAUUCCCAUCAGGAGCAAUCCUUAGUAAGUCCAGCAGCCUGUGUUGUUAUUAAACUCGAUGGAAGGUGAUGUGGGGCAGAGCAGCCGAGCGGCAGACCCAGUGGAGCUGUGAGUCUCCGAGCUGCAGUUUGAUGCUGUGGUGAAGCUUUUCUCUUUGGCUUGUAACUUGCCAGUUGAUUUGAGUGGGUUGGACAUCUGCUCAUUCACUUGCAAACAUCACACUUGGUUGAAAUGGUUUCUCACGCAGAGAAACACUUGUGGUUUGGUACCCCCCAGGGUAGAGAAUUAGACAUCCUUGAGCCUGUGUUCCUCCAUCCACUAUCCAAAAAUAGUCAGAAAAACCCAGAAGUGUGGAAGAUGGGCAGGGAGGAGGCUGGAGCCACAGGCGGAAAAACUACCUUCCUGUGUUUGGGACAGUUUUCCUUUGUGCUCUUUGAUUAAGCAUGUGCUCCUUACUAAAGUGAUCCAGCAGCUCAUUGAAACAGGUUCAGCAGGUAUCUACAAUACACAAACAAAGUUAGGGAAUGUAUUGCAACUGUAAACUAGCACUUUUUGGUAAACAUUUACUGGAAAUAUCUUCAAAUGGAGGGAAAAAAAAUCUUUUUCUGCCUUAAAACCACUAUAAAACUAAAUGAAUAGAGUUUUCUUUUAUCUAUGUGCGUAUCUGUCAUCUUUUGAUGUGUUGGUAGAUAGAAAUGAAGUGGUUAUUAGGGAAGCAAUAAUUCUGAGUUGAUCUCUAGAUAGCAAUUAUUUAUUGAAAUGCUAGACAGUUGCUUGCAUGUGAGUUGCAUAACCAUGCAAAACUGCAUGUCAUCAAACACACACAUGCUAUGUCAUUGGAGGACAUUGUGACUAUCUUCUGGAAAGUUACAUGUUACUUCCUUAAUACUGUGCCUUAGAAAAUGCAGAGUUGUUGCACACAGUCAGCAAUGACUUAUGGAUGCAAUAAAUCCAAAAAGCUGAAGUUCUUCAUGGACUUCACCUGGGGAAUAUUUUUAAGCAAAAAUUAAAUAAAUCAGACAAAUGUUUUGGAACUAAAACUGAUAUCCUAUAUUUUGAUCAACCACCUGCAUGAUUUACUGUUUAAAGGUUUUGAUAACCAGGAUGCUUACUCUCUGCUUGUGGUUGUUAUAACAUUUUCCCAUAAAGAAUGUGUAACAUGGAAAUUCAAGAAGCAGAUUUCAUAACUGAUGUGGUACAUCUGUAUAACUGCAUACGCUGCAUUAAGGAUAUGUAAAUAUAUAAUGUCUGAACCUAACUUUUAAACGAGACUGUGCAUGCUUGUGCAUCUAUUCGAUAUGAGUCUCUAGCACUGCUUCACCCAUGUGAUAGAGUUAGAUGUGCAAAUCAGUCCCCAAGUGUAUCAAAGGUUGGCUGUCUCAGAGGUCAGGUCCGCUUCUCAUUCAUGUAGGGGUAAGCGCCCAAAGGGCUUAGGUGCAUGGUUGGGAUAAAGUGCAUGAAAGAGGUGGGGAGGGAUAUUGCAUCGCACUGCAGACACAUCACUGGGUCUCUGGAGAUGCUUAGAAAUUGACCCCAGUGUCUAUCAGAUAGUUUUGUAUAUGCAUGUUUUAGCAAAGUUGAUUGUACUCAAAGCGAAAUGAAGCAGCGCUCAAUGAUGACCAUUUUUUCCCCUAAUGAACAUCUAUUCACCAGCACAGAAUGAUUUCCAACAGUUUUCUAAAUCGUACUUGCCAACUUCUUAUGUUUGAUUUUAUAUUCCCUCUGGAAUCUUACAUGAAAAAUUCAUUCAGGCUAUGAUUUUUUUCUUUUUUUCUUUUUUUCUUUUUUUCUUUUUUUUUUUCCAGUUUAAACACAUUACCAUUAUACAUUUCUAAUCAGGAACUUUGAGCACAGAAAAAAAAAUAAUGCUUUCCUACAUUUGAACUGCAAUGUAAAUGUAUUUGUUCCAAAAAGUGAUUUAUUAUUACUGAGCAAGUACAGUACAUGUAAUGGAUUUUAGAUGUUUUGGAAUUUAUUUAGCCUCUUACUACUUCAGAGAACCUGAACAGGUGUCAUAACCCAUCUGUAUUUUACAAGCCCAUUUUCAUGGUGUAUUUUUUUCCUUACUCUUGCUAUGUAGUGUUAUUGAUGCAGUACAUCUGUAGUUUUCAGUGAAUGUCGUAAAGGUUGGUGAACCAGAAGGGGACCAUCCUUAUCUGCAUGUCCAUUCAGGGACAAGGAUUGCUCUCCUAGCUGGGGCUAAUGUUGAACACCAAUUAUGCUAAUCUUCCCUUUAUUUUAUUUAUUCUAAAAUGCCUCUGGAAAUUAGGAAAACUUGUCUAAAACUCAACAGCUUUUAUAGUAAAUGUAUGUUUAUAAAUAAAAUGUUGAUUACC